CUCUUUAAUAACAGUGAUUUUUUAUUUUGUCUCCUUUGUGUUUUAUUUGGCCUGAAGUCUGGAGACUGUGAGCUUUCAGACACUAAACUGUGACUGUGGAUCAUUUCUCCAGAAUACUUUUUGUGUCGUUUGCUGGUCGCUCGCUGGCAAGUGAGUGAAAACAAACAGUAAAGAGCAAAGUCUGCAGCUCAGCGAGUGAAUGGCUUACAAUGAGUAAUAAUAAUCAGAGUGACGACCUGUGUGGGUGGCCCCCGACUUUGCACAAUGAGGACGAGGCUCUGGCCAUAGAAAACGCCAUCAGGGCGGCUAUAAGCACGGUGAUGGGCGUGAUGUGCGGCGCCUGCAGCCGCAGAGCGCAGGAGUACCAGAGGAUAGUGGCGGACCGGGACAGAGAGAUCCGGAGACUGGAGAGCAAGUUGGAGGAAAGUGAGCUGAAGAAGUUGCAUGUGGAGGUCGGCAAGGGGCAGCCUGAGUGUGAACUUUCCUCUUCGCUUACGACUCGUGUAAGGGUAAUAAACUGUGUGAACAGCUCUGAUAUCGACAUGAAAAACGAGUCUGAAAUUAAUCUUUGUGGUCGAGUAGGUGCACCUACACAAAUUUCCCCCAAGUGCUGUGACACAACGGUGGCCUUUCCCCAUCAACAUGCCCACACUGCUGAGAAACCCUUAUGGGAAGAUGAAGGAGCAGCUGGAGAGCUGUCCUUUGGAUGCAUCGCCUCCCUGAUCAAAGAGGAACCUUCUGACCUGGAGAUUAAAUGGGAAGUGUGUGACGGGGGGUUGUUGGACCAACAGGAGGUGCAGUGUGGAGCUGAAUAUCAGCACAAAGAAAAACCUGCAAGCAAAGCCAUGGAUGACAUUGCCACUCUUAUUAAAGAAGCUCUACCAAUGCGUAACACACCAGCUACUCUGCAACCCAUUUUGGAUGUCCUCCAAGACCUUGGGGUGGAUACAGUUGAAGAUUUGAAGUUUGUCCAGAUAGAUGACCUAGCAGGCGUGCUCAAGCCCAUUCAAGCAACAAAGCUUUUUGCACACUUAAAAAGUUUCUUCUCAGCUCAGCACGAUGCAGCUCCAAGCCACUCAAACAUGGAGGAGGAUUUCCUAAGCUCACCCCAAACUCCUUCGGAAACACCCUGGGUCACAAGUCCAAGCAUACCCUCUACUUCUCGAUGCUCACCUGGAGUCCUCAUCUCCUCUCUAUAUGAUAGUGAGUGCUUUAAUUCUACUAGAAAACUGAGCAAUGACUGGCACUACAAUUUCCAAGUCCCUUGGAACAUGCUGCCAGCUGUUUUGAGGAAGAAACUGGACUAUCAGGAGCGGCCAAAUGCCAGGGAAAGGAGGGAAAUGAUUCGCAUAAUUGCAGGGGAAAUCCUUGCCAUUUGCAAAAAACCAGCAAAGAAGCACCUAAGUGAAGUUGCACGGAAGAUGGUCCUCGCAUAUCCAAAGUCUUUCAAAGACAUAAUAGAACAUGAAGUCGUUGGAAGUGGCCAUGAUUCUUUAACAAAGCAACUUCAGUACAGAGUUGAUAACUGCAGGCGAAAUGCAACGCGGGGUAAGCAGAAGAGCGCUCCAGAUAACGGCAGCCCUGUUCCAGAAAACAAGAAGCAACGCAAAGCCUCCUAUGGUUGUAUUCGGUGGGAAUCUAGGCCUGUAAAUGUGGAUACACAGAUGAAGAAGAAAAAAGACAUGCAAAAAAUGUUCCUGGAAAACGAGAGGAAUGCACAAAAAAUACAAAAGUUCAUCUCAGACACCUUCACAUCUCAGAGAUAUGACAUAGGGUCUGGUAAGGACACACAGGCACUUCAGGAAGAAUGGCCCUACCUAUUCUCACUUGUCGGCAUGAAGGCACACUUCAAGCUUUUAACUGGCAUCCACAUCAAUGAGGGAUUUGAGGAGGCCAUGGCCACCAAAUUUGCCCGGGUUCUUGACUAUUUUCAGUCUCUUCCAUUGGAGAAGUCAAGAGGAGCUGCAAGACAGAGAGAAAUCCAAGCUGGUGGUGGACCCUGUGGAGCAGUGUUGAUGCUGCUUUCAUACUUCAAGGAGGAUCAUGCAAGAAUGUUCCACAUGGUCGACAAAACUUGCAUCACAGGUGAGGAUCAGAUGGAGCACCUGCCACCCACACCAUGCAUUGUUGUUUGUGGAGCGAGUCCAAUGUCUGCAGCAGCUUUCAUGGUGGCAGUUGACCAGGAAGUCAUAAUAGAAAACUUGGCAAACUUCACUGAUGCAUUGGUCGGCAUGUUCAUCUGUUACUACAUCUUCAACAUUCACUACCCAAUGGAGCUCCGGACCACAAUGGAGUUUCUCCAAAGGUGCAUCUUCAAGAUCAAUCCCGACCGGGGCUCCAAAGUAGAGCGCCAGGAAAAGAAGAAGAGCAAUGCAGUGAACCCAAAAGUCCUGAGCCUUAUCACCCGCAUUUCGGAGUUUGAGUGGAGUGCUUAAUGGGUCUGCUCCCAGACAAGAAAUAGUCCGGCCAACAAAUUCUGGAGGAGAAAAACAAAGAACUUAAACCCACAGCAGGGAGGGUGAAAGGUUACCAACAUGUGGUGAGUCACUCUCAAUAAUUCAACAUGUCUUUACAGCUUGCUAUAGUUUGUGAAGCCUCUGUUUUUUUUCUGGUUAGUGAUGUGGUGUAAGACUGAGUUAUGUUUUGAUUCAAUCAUUAAGCAGCACCUUUGUAAGACGGCAUGAAAUGAGUGCCAAACACCACAAAACUUUGACACAUUUGGGAGAAUUAGAUGUUGAAAAUAAAUAUUGAACAGCCAAUUAAGGGAAUUGUUUUCAGGAUAUAAAAAGCUUUGCUUCUAUUUUAAUACAACACAUUAAUUUUAUUCAGCAAUUAGUGUUUCACAUGCACACACUGGUGCAUAUGUGGGUUAAGUGUCCACAUUUUGGAAAAUACACGUAUUUGCUUUCUUAUCAAGAGUUAGAUGAGAAUAUUGAUACUGUACCACACAAAUAUGAAUCUAGUAGUCAGUUAGCAUAGUGUAGCAGAGAUAGGCUACUGGAAACAAGGGAAACAGUUAGCCUUCCUGGCUCUGUACAAAAGCAAGACAAUCUGCCUACCAGCACUUCUAAAUUUAAAGUUACAUGUUAUAUCUCAUUUGUUUAAUAAAACAAUAUAUAUUUAUAUAUAGCUGGAUUUUGUUACCUUUGGACUGAGCUGGUUCCCCCUGUUUCUAGUCUUUAUGCUAAGCUAAGAUAACCUGCUUGUGGCUGUAGCUUCAUAUUUACCCUACAUACAGAAGAGAGGUAUCAGUCUUCUCAAACAUUUUAACUACUCCUUCUCAAAGGCUCAAAGACAUAUCAUUCUUAUGCACAGAUUAGUCCAAUUACAUUAUGAGACUUAAAGCAGUGAUCUUGCAAUAAAAACCUAGACUAAAUUAAACAUACAAUGCACUUUUAUGUGGAAAUGUUCAAAAAUGUACUAUUUCAUACAAAUGUGCUGAUUUUCUUCUCUGCAACCAGCUGCUGAUGUCAGUGAGUAUCAAAGGAAGUGUGGGUGGGUGACAGGGGUCUUAAAACAUCAAAGUUAAACCAAAAAAUAAAAAUCAUGCAGGAACAUUUGGUAAAAUACAACAGAAAUAAGAGUUUCUGUUUGUAUAAACCAGUGAAUACAUGAAUGAAUUAAAAUAUAUCUGUGGUUUUGACAGCUAAAAGUGCCUUAGUAGCACAUAAACAGACUGUGGGGGAUAUGGGGAUGGUAAUUAUCUUGCUGCAAAAAUCACAACCGCACUAGAUGUCAUACUGUAUACUCGCUGUGAAAGAUUCCUUCACGAAUUGAACAUUUCAAAAACUAUCAAUAAGAAUCAAAUUAAAAAUCUUGUAUAUUAUCUCUAACUUUUCUGUUAAUUUUUUAGUGUGUCAGUAUUCAAGACACAGUUAAUAAAAAGCACCUUGUUUUGCCUGCGCCAGUAUGUAUAUAUGUACAUCUAUUUAUUCAUUUAUUCAAAACAUCCUGGAAAAGUGUGUAAGCAGCACUUUGUCCGCAGCACAGCAUCUUCCACUUGGCAAGUGCACGGAUCCAUUCUUUUUUUCUUUUUUAUGCAGUCAAGAAGGCAACGUAUUUUCAACUCAUAUUUCCACAAGGACUGAGUGUGGCAAGAGCUGACAGGCUGACCUCCAGGUAGAAGCGGGGGCUCUCAGGCAUGGUGGUGAGGGCAGAGAUGGCCGCCACAGAGCCAUUUUAUUUAGCCAGGUUUCUCUCCUUUUGACAAUAUUUUAUAACUGUACAUUAUGCAGGUCAAAAAUCUGGAAAAGAGGCUUGACACAAAUAGGAAGUUAUUACAACAGAAAUAAUAUGCAUUCCAUUCAAAAUAUUCAGACUUUGUUGGAACACUGUACAGAUUUGGCUUUGUGUAGUCAUUAAAUAUGAUCACAGCUAUGUUACAAUGUGUCAUCUAUCCUGAUGUACAGAUGUUCCAUGAGUUAUGUAGGAAGUUAGAAUUGUUAACAAACACUUUAUAGGGCAAUUGAAAUGUCUAUAUAUCAGUUUUCACCUGCAUUUUGAGUGGUAUGAAUCAUUAUUAUGUGUUUAUAUACUUCUUAUAAAUGCUAAAUGGAGGGAGUUACUGGGUCAACAAUGAAACUAAGAUGUCUUAUAGCCCCAGACAAGACAGCUGUAAUGAAAAUAAUUUAUUGCCUAGCCUUGAAACAUCUACAAUAAACAUACAUUUCCUUCUGCUAUACUAUUUGUAUAGCUGCUGAAAACAUUCAGUCUGGUAUCUGGUAACUCCUCUAAGCUAAGCAUGAACUGCAGUAAACUUGCAAUUUUAUACCACUAACACACACUGUUAGUAGAAAUGCUGCAACCACUGAUCAAAUAAGUUCUGAUUAUACCUAACCUUAUUAAGAUAGCUGCUGGUGACUAAAGUAAACAAGAUGAAAAUUAAGGUAAUUCUUGUUUUGCAACCCACUCAAACACAGCUGAAAAUCUCUGAACCCUGAGAGCCACUAAUGUAGUUGUUCUCUUCCUUAUAUUAUAUAUUAUAUUUAUUACUAUUUAUUAUGAUUAGGGCCAAUCAAAAUAAGACUGGGUUAAUUAGCCUGUAAAAUGCAUUAUAUUUUAGAAGUUGAUCACAUUUUUUGUAAAACAAAUGUUCAUCUGUAACUUAAAAAGGACUAGUAGAUAUGAAUAUUUCCAUCUGAAAUUUAGUGAAGUGGAAGUAUAAAAUAGAAUAAAAUGUAAAAGUACCUCAAAACUGUAAUUAGAAAAAGUCUUAAGUAAAUAUAGUUAGUUAGAUUCCACCCCUGUCCAAUGCAAAUGAUCAAAUGAUUUUGUGGUGAAAAAUAAAAUGGUUAAAGUAACAGGCUGUUUAGCUGGUUGACUAACACAUUCACUACAUAUUUUCUGAAAUAAUGAUUUCCUGACUGAGUGAUCUGUUUGUUUUUCUCAACAUGUUUUUUUCACACCGAUCAUCCAGAACAUGCAGAGCCAGCUCAGAUGCUCUCCUUGUUUCUCCUGGGCCAGAAACUCAGAGUAAUAGGAAAACACCAUGGGGAUGGAGCCGCCAAUACUGUAGAGUAAAGGAAAGGCAGGAAGGUACUAGCAUCCUCAGCCAUCCAAUUUUGUUGAAAGGAUGGAGAAAAAAUGCAUACGGUGGCGAUUAAUCGGAUAUUAAUGUUGCAGAAGGCCCUUUUGCAACUGUAACUAUAAUCCUUUCAAGUGAAGGCUUUAAAUGUGAAACACCUGCAGGAAAGUUUAGUUACCAACUUCAUGAAAGCAACAAAGUAGAGAGGAUGAGAAUGAAUGAAAGAGGAUGUGGGGAGAUGCUUAGCUCCUAUCUUUUACUAAGGCAACAUUUCCUUUAUUGUGAACACUUAGUGAAAGUAAGGCUGUGCUGUUGUUUCAUGGUAAUGUUUUUCUUAAUAAUGAAUGUUUAUUCAAAAUGCAAGUAUGUAUGGCAUUAAUAAAUAAUGCAACUCACGAUUCAUUAACGAUUAGAAUUUUUAUUUAUAGAUUUAUGUAUAAAAUAGAUUUAUAUAUUAUAUUAUAUUAUAUAUAUUUUUUUAUUUACAGAUUAUAUUUACAUUAUUUAUAUAGAUUGUAUUUGUAUUAUUUUGUUUGUGAGAGGAAACCGGAGCACCCGGGGAAAACCCACGUGGACACUGGAGCAUUAUUAAGCCACAGUGCCACCAUAUUACCAGGCCACUGCUGUCGGUCACUGUCAUUCGAUAAAACACAGUAUGAUAUAGUGAUGGAUGGUCAAAAGCAGUUGGCCGGCUAGAAAUUAUUAUUAAUUAUUUUUAAAAAAUAUAUGGAAAAUAUAUAUCAGAUUAGCAUAUUGUACCGACACAAGCCGUACAUACAAGUGUGGGGGAACAGCUGGUCUAUUAGGGGGUCCUCCGCUGGCUCCAUCGUGCCAUUGUCGCUUGAAUUGUGGUGGGAAUAACAGCAGCAAUACUUGCUUGGGCCAUAGUCAAAACAGGCAUGGUUUCUUCUAUAACUGAGGACAUAAAAUCAGUGAUUCUUCCAUGAGCGCUCCAAUCCGGUUCUGAUGAGGCGACCAGCAGUUCUGAUGACCCAAGGAACCACAACUAGACCAAGAGUUACAACUGGCAUGUCGGCCUACAGUGGAAGUUGUAAAGAAAUUAUUUCCAAUUUUUGAUCGUGUGACUCUGCACAAAGGUGGGAGAUAUCCUGAUCGAUUGCUAACUGUAUCUACUCGGACUGGAGUUGAUGAUGAAAUGAGCUUCAUGGGAAUGACGUCAUGAAUGUUCCAAGCGUUUUACUUAAAAAAAUUUUUAAAUAAAAGUUAAAAAUUAGCAUUUUUUAAAUGUAAACGUUUAUUUUUAAAUUCUAAUGGCGACACAUUUUGCGCCCAUUGUUCUCGGUUUCAUACAUUAGACUCGUCUUUAAAUCGAAGGAAUUUGCAGCGUUUCCAUUCACGCUGAUGCCAUAUAAUAAAGUAGGUAAUAAAAAUAAUAAAUUAAUAGAUAAAUAAGCAUAAAUAACAACAGGUCGGUUUUGGGACAAAUCCACCAGUCAUAUAUCAUUAUACAGAAGAUUAUAUAGGCAGUAGUUAUGUAUUCUUUAUUGUAAGGAAUAUUGUAUUUAUGCUGUGCGGUCAGCACCAUGGACAGAGCUUGGAUUUCACAUCUAAGCUGUACUGAAGCUUUUAUGUAAAGGGCUGCAUCUGUGUAUGAUAUGUUUUUAUGCUUCAGAUAAUAGAGGUGUAUAAGACAAACAGUCUAGAUGUGAUAAACGCAUAUAUAUUUGAAACUUACUUCGUGUGAAACGCUCCUCGCGUUAUUACGGUGUUCGCUGCAGUGAAGGACCGACGCUUAAGGAUGGACAAAGUGUGAAGUAGCGCCACUGUAGGCCUACAGUAAAACUUCCUGCCCCACUGAAGAGAGUUUGAGAUGUAAACUCUCUGCAGGGGGGUGGCCUCCGUUACGCACGCCUAAUAAACAUCUGUUUGAAAUUCA